AGGAGUUAAACUCAUUCUUUUUUAAGAAGCCGAGUUAGUGGGAGUGUUAAGCGAGGAAAGCUUACUUACAAGAUUUUACUUACUACGACAGAUCACAUAUUAAUUAAACCCGAGUAAAUCAACCAGUCUCAAGUUGCCUCUUCGAUUUUAGACGAAUUUAUUUCCUCUACAAGAUUCCAUUUCGUAUCUAAAUGUUCCACGGUAGCCAACCAUACAACGAAUCGUUAUCUCCAGUUGAAAGAUACACAAUCUAAUCCCACAAAUUAAAUCAGUGUGAACCAUUUAAUUAUCAAGUCUCCUUGUUUCAUAUUCUUUUGAAUUUUUAAUGCAUCCCCAAAGCGUCUCGUUACUGAAAGAAGAAGAAGAAAACAGCAAUAAUUCCAAUCCCAGCGAAAACAGUGCUAAUCGUGGUGAAGAAAACUAUAAUAACUCAAAUAUAAACUUAUCCCUGCCCGAGAACAUUGCUGGCAGUAGUCGUGUGAACUUAUUAUAGUAAUAAUUGUUCUGUGCGAGUUCUCUGAGUGAAAAAAAUUAGCACAAAAGUAAUAAUUUUUUUUUUAAGAAACGAAUUGAAAAUGUCGAUCACUGCUGCGACCAAUAAUCCGGCGACUAAUUCGUCCCCAUUCUCCAUGAAGCAACUCCAACACGUCGUGGAAGACGAGGUUUUGUCCGUCUUCCCUGAAUUUGGGAGGCAGGCGUUAACAUCUCCGGCGGCGAGGAUGGGACGGGUGAGGAGUGGGUGUCCCUCGGCGGCGGUGAGGAUCGAUCCGAAUUCGGUCCCAAAGGUGUUACGGCGAAAUUCUUCGUAUGAAAACAUCUUCCUUGGCAGGAAUGAAAGGAGGGUUUGCGUCAUCUACACGGGGGGCACGAUUGGCAUGGUGCGGAGUCCGAGAGGAGGUCUCGUCCCUGUUCCCAACAUGCUGGAAGAAACCGUCCGCAAGUUCCCCCACCUGCACGACGAGAGUUAUGCCAAGUUGAGAUUCGGCAAUGACAUGGGGACUCCACUCAUCCUCCCCGAAAUGCACGGUGAGACGAAUCGUGUCACGUACACGAUCUAUGAGUAUGAACCACUCCUGGAUUCUACCAACAUGACGAUGGACGACUGGAUAAGAAUUGCGGAGGAUAUCAAGGACAACUACGAAGCGUUCGAUGGGUUCGUGGUACUUCAUGGAACGGACACCAUGGCCUACACGGCAUCCGCGUUGUCCUUCAUGAUGGAACAUUUGGGAAAGUCGAUCGUCAUCACGGGAUCGCAAAUUCCACUCUUUGAAUCAAGGAGUGAUGGGAGGGAUAACUUUUUGGGGGCUUUGAUCCUCGCGGGAACUUACAAUAUUCCCGAGGUCACGGUCUACUUUGGGCACCGAUUGUUCCGAGGGAAUAGGAUCACAAAGGUCAGUUCGGAUAGCUUGAAUGCAUUCGAUUCGCCCAACAUGAGCCCGUUAGCGACCAUGGGAAUCAAUAUUGAGGUCGACUACCAAAACAUUUUCCGACCCAGGGAUAUCGCCCCAUUCCGAGUGCACUCUGCCAUGAACAGGAACGUCGGCCUGCUCCGCCUCUUCCCAUCCAUUACACCGGAAACUGUCAAAGUUUUCCUUCAAGCACCCACCCUUGGCGUCGUACUGCAAACGUAUGGGGCCGGGAACUUCCCUACGAAUCGUGCCGAUCUGCUGGAGGAGUUGAAGGCCGCCUCCAAGAGGGGAGUCCUCAUUGUCAAUUGUACCCAAUGUGGUCAUGGCGCUGUUGCCGCGAUCUAUGAGACUGGACUGAGUGAAGACACGGGGGUCAUUCCUGGCUAUGACAUGACCCCAGAGGCUGCAUUGACCAAACUUAGCUACGUCUUGGGAAGGACCGACUGGGAUCUUGACACCAAGAGAGAAAUGCUCCAACGCAACUUGAGGGGAGAGCUGACCAAGCUGUCCACCAAGCCACAACAGUUCUUCAGAUCGGACGAUUUCGGGGGUUUGAGUCACUGCAAUGGUCAAUAUGACUCCGUUCUUGGAAACACCGUCAGCUCCGAUGCGGUGAACCAAAUUGUCAAGAUUGUCGCGGGGAGUUUAGGACUCCGAACGCCAGAUGAAGUGGAAGGAAUUAAGAAUAUUUUGGCCCCCAGUUUAUCUUGCGCUUUGGUGGCGCAGUGUGCCGGCAUGGAUUUGGAUGAUGCAGAAUAUGCGAGAAAUUUAGAGGCACUUUUUGGGAAGUCGGAGGCAGAAAUUUCCGUGGCCGAUUAUUCUGGCCGAACACCGCUUCAUUUCGCGUCUGCACUCGGCGACAUGCGAGCCGUUGAAUGGUUCUUGACUCACGGGGCUUCAGUCCAUUUACGCGACAGAAUCCAAAAGAUAGUAAAAGACUUUAUAGUUGGGGUAGUUUGGGUGAAUAUACUGAUCUCAUCGACAGGACUCAUUAGCCGUGGAUAUUCUGCUCUGCGAGAUGCGAUUGAUUUCGACCGACACGAAGUUAUCGUGACACUGAGAAAUUGUGGAGCACAUCUGACCCUCGAACCAACCGCGUUGGGGGCCGAGUUAUGCAUGGCUGCGAGCAAGGGGGACACCACCCGACUUAAAUCUUUCACCCUGGCAGGUGCCAAUUUAAGUCAGCCCGAUCCCUGCGGGAGAACGGCACUCCAUGCGGCGACCGAGUCGAGGAAGCCGGGCACUGUGGAGUACCUCCUGGCCAACGGGCUGUCCCCAGACACAAAGAGCAACCUGGGGCAGAGUCCAAGAGAAAUUGCGAACCUCCUGGGUUGUCAGGAGCUUAUCGAUUUAUUAGCAUCGAAUCAACAAGAAGAUGAGCAAGCGAACUUGUCGUGACCACUUUGUCCCGAUUAGGAUAUGAAUUUUAAGCAUUUACAUUAUUUAAUUUUUUUUCGUGGGUAUUUGUUCUCUAUUAAAAUCUCGAAAUUUUAUCUUAUAACGAUGACUGUAGACUGAGACGUAAGUAUGAAUAUGUAGUAUAUCUCUUAUUCUAUGGAGUAGAUUACACGCACUCCAAAAGCGUAGCACGCAUUAUUGUACAAUAUUCGCUGGCGAUGAUGAUGUUAUGAGUAAUUAUUUAUAUUAUUUUAAGUAUUUUAUUGCUCAACGGACGCUUAUCGGAUCGUAAAGAGAGCUUUAGUAUUGAAAAGCUUAAUAUAUUGUUAUAUAUUUAAAUCAAAGGGACGAUGAGAGUUACCAUUUUAUGAUUUUAUUUUAUGAUAUGAAAACCCAACCUGAAAUGGGAGAGUUUUUCGAUUAGAGAAGAAUUGUACCACUUAUUAAGUUAUUUACCAGUGAAAUUGUGAAACCAAAUUGAACCGAUAUUUACUGAAUUAAAGAUACGAAAUUAUUAUGAACACAA